AUUAUUCUUUUAAAUUGAAAAUCCUGCUUUUGGCCCACAUCAGGACUCUACUAAGGAGCCGGAGCAGUCUUCCCACGGCUUAGCAGAAACAGAACACCCAGAAAAAUGGCCCAGAGAGAGAGAGAAACCAACGGGAGCUCUAUCAAUGACAAGCAAGAACAGAGCAGCAAUCGUGUUAUUACAAUUGUCUUCCUGGCUCUCCUCAUUGACUUGUUGGGAUUCGCUCUCAUCUUACCCCUGUUUCCUUCCAUCCUUGAUUAUUAUAGCAAGACUGAGGAUGGAUUCUAUUCGUCAUUGCAACAUAGCGUGGAUUGGUUUGCAGUGAAGGUUGGGAUGCCUCCAGAACGGAAAUACAACAGCGUCUUGUUUGGAGGUCUGAUUGGCUCCAUCUUUUCCAUCCUGCAGUUUUUCUCCUCUCCGCUCACUGGAGCUGUGUCAGACUGCCUGGGGAGAAGACCUGUCAUCCUGAUGACGGUGAUGGGUUUAAUAGCAUCGUAUGCACUGUGGGCUGCCUCUCGGACUUUCGGCAUUUUUCUUCUCUCCAGGAUCAUAGGUGGAAUAAGCAAAGGGAAUGUCAGCCUUUCCACAGCUAUCAUUGCUGACCUGCACUCUCCAAAGGCGCGGAGCAAGGGCAUGGCAAUGAUCGGUGUUGCUUUCUCCCUUGGUUUUACCUUGGGUCCCAUGAUUGGAGCCUACCUCGCCAUGGAGGCAGAGAAAGGAGAAGUUUUCUUCCUUCGUUCAGCGCUGCUAGCACUCACAUUUGCUGUGGCUGACUUAAUUUUCAUCUUCUUCCUGCUUCCAGAGACACUCCCCAAAGGAAAACGGGUCUCCUCAGUGACGUCCGGAUUUCAGGCUGCAGUUGACCUGCUCAGUCCUUUGGCUUUAUUCCAGUUCUCUGCAGUUACCCGAGGAAGAGACUCCCCUUCAGCAAAGAACCUUCAGAAUCUCAAAACCCUGGGCCUGGCUUAUUUCCUCUACCUCUUCCUGUUUUCUGGUCUGGAGUACACCUUGAGUUUUCUAACUCACCAGAGGUUCCAGUUCAGCAGCAUGCAGCAGGGCAAGAUGUUUUUCUUCAUUGGAAUAAUAAUGGCUGUGGUCCAGGGAGGCUACGCUCGCCGCAUCAAGCCAGGAAAUGAAAUCAGAGCUGUAAAAACGGCCAUGAUGCUGCUGGUUCCGGCCUUCCUGCUCAUCGGCUGGGCGGCCAACGUCACCAUGCUGGGGGCUGGGCUGUUGCUGUACUCUUUUGCUGCUGCUGUCGUCAUCCCCUGCUUGUCAGCAGUGGUGUCGGGCUACGGUGCUGCCAGCCAGAAAGGGAGGGUCAUGGGGAUCCUGAGGAGCCUGGGAGCCCUGGCCAGGGCCCUGGGGCCCAUCGUGGCUGCAACAGUUUAUUGGCUGGCAGGGGCGCACAUCUGCUUCACCCUCUGCAGCGCUUUCUUCCUGCUGCCCUUUAUGGUGCUGGGUGCUGUUAAGGAGCCCAGCAAGGUGGAGUAGAGGCUGCCCCACCACGACAGGCUGCGGCACGUGGGGCCGCUGUGACCACAGUCACGGAGCAGCGCCCGGGAGGGCAGCAGCCCAAAGCUUUAAGCAACUGCCUUAAGCCAGGGCACUCCUGGGCGCCACGCAGGCCGCAGGAGCUGCCCUCUGUCUGAGCACAGGGGCUCUGUUUUUAAUACACAAAUAAACUUCGAGAGAUGUUUUACGUUCCUAAUACACUAUCG